CCACUCAUUCGUAAACAACAGAGGUCCCUCGGGGAUUUUGCUUUCUCGUUCUUUUUUAUCGGGCAUUUCUUUUUGAUUUCUUAUUUGUUCCGUUGGGGACGUGUUUCAUUUUGGUUUCCCACGCGUUCAUUCGAUUUGCUCUUCACAACCGAAUAAAGCGCGCGCACAAGCAGAUUGGUUUGGUUGGUUGGUUUUUGUGAGUUUUGUGAAAUUGGAAAUUGGAAGGAAUUGGACACAUUGGACAUUGGUUGAACCAACCUAUAUUGGAAAGCGUAAGCUAUAAGACACAAAUUCCAACUCUUCCCUUGUUGAUCUGACUGGAGCAGUCGUUUGCAAUGUUCCUUAGAUUUGCAUUUCUAAUUUGUUUUCUGGCGGUACCUGUUCGAUUGGAUUGCGGCUGCAACAAGUUGGAAAGGGGCGAUUCAACAGAGAAACCCAAAGCUUCCAGCAAGGAUUUCAUUGAUAGUAUCAAAGCGGAGAAUGAUGUUGGAUCGAAUGAAGACUCAAAGGUAUGCCAACAAAAGGCAAGGAAAAAUAAUCAACAAUAUCGAGACUAUUAUCCGGAACCCAACUACGAGGACAUGGCUCUUAUACCCGGUGGAAAGUAUCUGAUUGGUACCGAUGAACCGCAUUUUCCAGAAGAUCAUGAAUCUCCCGAAAGAUUAGUGGAAAUCAAGGACUUUUAUAUGGAUAAAUACGAAGUGUCCAAUCAAAAGUUCAGAGAAUUUGUAAAGGCAACCAAGUAUGUAACAGAAGCGGAGAAAUUUGGUGAUAGUUUCCUCUUCAAGAGUUUAUUGAGCGACGAGGAGCAAACGGAAUGGGAAGACUAUCGUGUAGCUGCUGCCACCUGGUGGUAUAAAGUAAAAGGUAUUACAUGGCGACAUCCUCUUGGACGAGGUACUAAUCUCAAGGAAUUAGAAAAUCAUCCUGUGACACAUGUAUCAUGGAAUGAUGCAGUUGCCUAUUGCAAAUGGGCAAACAAAAGAUUGCCAACAGAAGCCGAAUGGGAGGUGGCAUGUCGAGGUGGCAAGAAGAGAAAACUAUUCCCCUGGGGAAAUAAGCUAAUGCCAAAGGGAGAACACUGGCUAAAUAUUUGGCAAGGUGAAUUCCCUGAUGGCAAUACAAAAGAAGACGGCUAUGAAACUACUUGUCCAGUUGAUAAAUUUCCCCAGAAUGUUUAUGGGCUACACAACAUUGUGGGUAAUGUAUGGGAAUGGACCCAAGAUCUGUGGACAGAAGGUGAUACCAGUCCAAAUCCUGGCCGUGUGAAAAAGGGUGGAUCCUAUCUUUGUCACAAAUCAUAUUGUUACCGUUAUCGCUGUGCAGCACGCUCCCAGAAUACUGCAGACAGCUCAGCAGGAAAUUUAGGUUUCCGUUGUGCCAAGGACAUGGCGUAAUAUGUAGUAUUUACAUAAAUAUAAAUAUGUGAUACAUACUUUUAUUUUAUACAAUUAAAAAUAACUUUAUACAAUAAAGCGUUGUUUUAGGAAAAUAAAACAA